AUGUUAAAACAUUCUAUAAUAUCAGACGACAGCAACCCUAUCCUCAAACACUAUGAUUUGCAGCGACAAGUUGGAACUGCAGGUCCAGAAAAUGUCUGGAAAAUAUUUGAAGCUAUUCGGCUCGAGGAUAGCAAGGAAGCAUCUGUGUUUUGGUUUGAGAAGAAAGUGGCUGAUAAAUUACACAAACCCAGACGUAGAGAAACUGUAUCAGAGAUUUUACGCAAGGAUGUUACACAGCUAUCGCGAAUACGACAUCCAAAAAUUAUUUCAAUCCAACAUGGGGUGGAGGAGUGCCAUGACAGUCUGGCAUUUGCAACGGAACCAAUAUUUGCAAGUCUAUCAAAUAUAUUAGGAAACUAUGAACGAAUGCCUGCUAACAUUCCUCAAGAAUUAAAGAUAAUGCAAAAAAGAAACAUUUUUGGUAUGAGAAGGGUUCCCUUCACUGGUGACCAUGAGUUUAUAGAUAUGGAAAUUAAAUAUGGAAUUUUUCAAAUUACAGAAGCAUUAUCAUUCUUACACAGUUCAGAACAUUUAAUACAUCGUAAUGUUUGUCCUCAAUCCAUCCUUAUCACAAAGCGUGGUGCCUGGAAACUGGCUAGCCUCGGCUUUGUGGAAAAAACGAAAGAAGGAAAGAAGUCAUCUUGUCAGUCAUGGACAACAAAAAUACCCAAGAUGGCUCAACCAGAUUUAAAUUUCAUAGCUCCUGAAGUUCAACUUGAAAAAAUCUGCACACCAUUAAGUGAUAUGUUUUCACUGGGCAUGGUGAUUUGUGCUAUUUAUAACUCUGGUAAAUCAUUGAUAUCAGCAGAUCAUUUACCUGGCCUUUAUGUUAAACAAUUAGAUCAGAUGCAUGAAACAUUUGGAAUUGUUGCUCAUCGGAUGCCAUUACAGUUGGUAGAACCUGUAGAGAAAAUGAUAAACAGAGAUACGCGGUAUCGACCGACUGCUCAAUUAUUUUCUAUGUUAAAGUAUUUCACAGAUCCUGUAGUAUCUGGUCUACAGUUAUUAGAUGCUGCUGUUGCUGCUGAUAGGAAGGACCCUGUACAGAGAGCUGAGGCUUAUGCAAAUUUAUCACAAGUUAUUCCUAUCAUGCCACGAAAAAUUUUGUAUCGCAAUGUCUUCCCUACAUUAUGUCAGGACUGUAAGAGUGGAGAGUCCAUGGUUUUUGCAUUACCUGCAAUGUUAACAAUGAUAGAUUUUGCUCCUAGAGAUGAUUAUAUUGAUAUUAUACUCCCUGAAUUUCGUAAUAUAAUGUCCUCUUCUAAACCGGUGCAGGCUACAGUGUAUAUAUUGAACAAAUUAGAUAUUAUUUUAUCCAAAACACCAUUAGAAGAGAUCAAAAGUGAAGUUCUUCCUCUGGUUUUUAAUACUUUAGAUUCUCAAUCUUUACAAGCUCAGGAAGCAGCAUUGAGUGCAUUCAGUGUUAUCAAGGAAUAUUUAGAUGAUAAUAUUAUUCGGAAAAUGGUUUUACCAAGAGCAAAAUCUUUAUUUUAUAGAUCAACUAAUGUCAGGUUAAGAAUCAAUGCAUUAACAUGUAUAGAUCAUAUGUUAGAUAGUUUGGGCAAAAUGUUAAUAUUAGAUGAAGUGUUACCAUUUUUAACAGAUAUAACAUGUCAAGAUGCAGAUGUUGUAAUGGCAGUUGUAGGUGUUUAUAAACAUAUGCUAAGUGAUAAGAAAUUUGGAUUAACACAUAAUCUUAUAGCAACAAAAGUGAUGCCAUCACUAAUCCCUCAUACAGUUAAUCCUGGAUUAUCCAUGGAACAGUUUGGUGAUCUAAUGGAAGUAUUACGUGAAAUGUUAGAGCAAAUUGACCGGCAACGAAGAAAUAAAAUGAAACUAGAAACUGUUAUACUUCCUGUUCCUCCAAGGUAUGAGUAUUCUAUAUUUGUGACAUAA